UUUAUUUUGUCCUUACAUGUAAUUACACUCAUUUUCACUUUACCCUUUGUAGUAUAAAUACCUUGUAAUAUUUUACAAUAUGAAUAUUUGGAAUAUACACAGGAGUAUUUCUUUCAUGUGUUUUACAUUUAAUAUGGUAUCAGUUUUCUAGAGUCUUCUUUUACUUCCGCACGUCUCUUUCACGAUUUUCACUUUUCUCUUCUCAUGGCUCCAAAAUCUUCUUCUUCCAUGGACGAAGCAUCUAGUCCUUUCUUCCUUCAUCCAGGAGAUAGUCUUGGUAUUGUUCUUGUUACGCAAUCUCUAAUUGGAGAUAACUAUCACUCAUGGUGUCGAUCGAUGCAUAUGGUGCUCUCCGCGAAGAAUAAGUUAGGGUUUGUCGAUGGAUCCAUUCUCAAACCUUCAUACCCUGUCAAUACAAUGCUUCCUUCUUGGUUGUGCUGUAAUAAUAUGGAUCUGAAUCAAUGGAAGCUGAUUGGAGUGGGUAGAUACAAGGGAGGCCUUUACUUUCCGCAACAAUCAAGCUCUUCUACUAGUGAUUUAUUUCAAACUCCUUCUUUACCUCUGCACUUCAUAUUACUACGAACCAUGUCUUUCACGAGCGCACAAAACAUAUUGAGCUUGAUUGCCAUUUUGUACAUGACAAGCUUCAAGCUGGGAUUCUUAAGACAUUUCAUGUUGGUUCUCAACAUCAACUUACUGAUGUUGUUACUAAAACCUUGGGCAGUCACCAAUUCUCUACAUUGAUAGCCAAGAUGGGAGUUCAUUCCAUUUACUCUCUAUUUUGAGGGGGAGUAUUACAUUUUAUAAUAAUUUGUAUGAAUUCUUAUUGUAAUAUGUUAUUUUAUUUUGUCCUUACAUGUAAUUACACUCAUUUUCACUUUACCCUUUGUAGUAUAAAUACCUUGUAAUAUUUUACAAUACGGAUAUUCAGAAUAUACACAGAAGUAUUUCUUUCA